AUGAUAAGUGUAUCAAAAACAUCAUCUUUCCGUUCGCACUGGCCACAUAAACAGAGAAUUUUCAUUCGAUUACGCCACUACAUCAAAAACAUGAUGUGCUCAGACCUUCAUCCCCCAGAAUCGGUGCGGGGAAUGGUGCAGCUUGAACGCGCUGCAUUUGCAAAAACUAUCAACGUGCCCCACUUACUUGUGCCGAAAGAGAAAAAUCUGAAUGACGUGUGUCGAGCGCUAAAGAAGCAUCUGCUCAAAAUGGAACGCUACAAACCGGUGAUAACAGAGGAAUACAAAAUCACUCUGCAUCCGUUAGCAGUUAAGCGAUGGGAGGACUUAGCCGAUUUACAACUCGACAAGCUUGGCAUCAACAGCGAAUCGCUUGUGUGGCAGGAUAUUCAACUGACCUACGAAAACUGGAAAUAUGACGAAGUAUUUAAGGCCGUUCUACCGGUCGAAAAGGAAGCGCUUUCGUCGUUCAGCAAAAUCGGUCACAUUAUCCACCUAAACUUGAAAGAGCACUUGCUUCCUUACAAACAGCUGAUUGGCGAGGUUAUAAUGGAUAAGAUAGCAGAUUGUCGCACGGUAGUGAACAAAUCGAUCUCGAUCGACAACACAUACCGCAACUUUCAAAUGGAGCUGCUAUGCGGUGAACCAAGUUAUAGCGUGUCCGUCAAAGAGAACGGAUGUUUGUUCCAGUUUGACUUCUCAAAGGUUUACUGGAAUCCCCGGUUAUCUACGGAGCAUGAGAAGAUUGUUAAAAUGCUCAACAAAACCGACGUAUUGUACGAUCUUUAUGCGGGAGUCGGUCCGUUCUCGGUUCCGGCGGGCCGCAAAGGCUGUACGGUGUUGGCGAAUGAUCUCAAUCCCGACUCCUACCGAGCGCUUUCAAACAAUUGUGUUCUGAACAAAGUCUCGAAGAACGUUAUUUGCCACAACAAGGAUGCAGUAGAUUUCAUUAAGCACGAGUUUAAGCAAGAUCUCGUUGCGAAAUGUGCCGAUGAAAGCUUCCGAGGUAAUCUGCACAUCACCAUGAAUCUGCCGGCAAUGGCCGUAGAGCAUCUGGAACAUUUUUCGGGACUCUUACAUGGUGAAACGAUUCGGUUGCGCCUUAAACCAUUGGUACAUGUGUACUGUUUUGCGAAAGGAGUCGAAGAUAAGAAGGAUAUCGCACGAAAACUUGCCGAACAUUGGCUAGGUUCUGAGUUGAAGGACGAGCUUAAAGAAAUAGCUUUCGUGCGCAAUGUUGCCCCGAACAAGGACAUGAUGCGUGUUAGUUUUUAUCUUACAGAGGAUUUACUUUUCGGUCGCGUCCGAGAGAGAAAGCGGCAACUGGACAAGGACGAAUGGGUCGUAAAAGAGGACUCCAAAAGGCCUUCGAACAAGUUAAAGGAUCAACGCAAGCAGCUUGCUAAGAAGGCAAAAAAUGUGUUCUCCGUUUCUCAACCGAAAAAGAGUAAUCUGAAAAAAACGAAGGAAGUUUCGAGCAACUUGAAAAAGAUAACAACUCAGAACAAAAAGGAUACCAAGAAAGUAGAUCAACAGUUCAAGGAUCUGCAUGCUCAAAUCGUUUCCAAAAAGGCUCAAAAGCCUGCACCCAAACCGCUGCCGGCCAAAAAUAAAUCCACACCGGACACAAAAAAGCUGGAAUCGGGCCUGACCGAGAUGCAAAUGUAAUACAUGGAAGCUAAAUA